UGUGUCAUUCCACAGGUUGGACACUGAAAAAGGUAGAAGCGAAACCAGUGGGUAUCGACCGUGGACAAUCUAUAACACCGAUAUGAAUAACCGGCGCAGACAGUUGGUUUGAUUCAUUGUAAGAUCUGACCCACAGCUGAACGCUUCAAUAACGUCGCGCAUAACGGACUUUAAUUCGUCUGAAGUUCGGCACAGUUCGCGGUUGGGUCGCGCGUGUAUGUGUCUCUAGUUUUUAGUCUCUGUGUUUUUAAUAAGACUGACUCUGUAGAUGUGUUUGUUGUUUUCGGUUGUUUCGCGUCGCGACUCAGCUGAUUCCAUUGGACGUCGAGGUGACAUUUACAACAGAGAUGGCAGAUAUGGUGGUCCAGCCCUCUUCACCUCCUUUAUCCAUCUCUCUCCUGGCGAUCAAAGCAGAGACGCGGCUGGUUCUGAAGUCUUUCCUGCGUAAUACUCUCGCAGUCGCUCCUGGAGAGAGACCUGGGAGAAUAGGAGGAGAAUAUCAUGACCCAAACAAAUUCAGUGCCUCAUUGAAAGGGAGGAUGAAGAAAGAUGGUAAUGGAUGGGACUCUUUGGAUGAGGAGAUCAGUGCUGCAGAGGAGAAGAAACAUGGAAUUAAAAAUUUAAUCAAAAGAAGACUGAGACCCCGCUCAUCCACCAGCCGUGGUAAGAAAAGCGGCAGUGCUGAACCGACACCAAACAACACCCUGGAGAAGCAGAAGCCGGCUCAGUCUGACAAGCCCUCAACAAAUGGAGCACACAGUUUACCCAGGAAAACAGAGGAGGAAAUAUGCAUUCCAUCCUCGGCGUCUGAGGAGGAGGGUGACAAAAAGUCAGGGGGAAAAAAUAAGAAAAAGAAGAAAAAAAGCACAAUAUCAGAGUUAUUAAAAAAAGUAUCAUUUAAAAAAGAAGAGCCUCGUCCUCAACGCCCAUCCAAACUGCCUGUAAAUAUCCAUACAGACAGCCCAGAGCUUGAUGAGAGCUUGAUGGUCCACUCACCAUCUCAUCCUCCCGCGUUUUAUGAUGAUGUGGCAGAAACUCUGGACAGAAUUGCACAAAAACACAGUGUGAAAAACAGAUCCUCAGUUAAACCAAUGCCUCUACCAAGUGCACCUAAAGAGAAUGACAAAGAGGCUAUGGUUCAACAACUAGUUCAGAUACUCACUUCAGAAGGGGACGCCAUAAAUGAGAAGAUAAAUGACAACCCCUUCCUGCGGUCCACCCUGACGCGCCUCUCCUACCCAUCCUUUGCCAAAUUGCUGGACAUGUAUGCCAGUCAGAGCGAAGACCCCCACGUCCCCCCGCCAGUCAGUCCAACACUACGGCGUCUGGCCAUCACAAUGGAAGCGUCUCGACGGGUCGUCACUGCCACUGGUGCUCAUCGUCUGACAGGAUAUGCUGAACGUUACAUGGAGAGCUUUGCACCUUGGCUACGGAGUCACGGAGGUUGGGAGAACAUAGCACAAUUAGAUGACAGUGUGAUCAAUCAGUCACAUCUGGAGUACAAUUGACCUCAGGAACUGACCCUUUAUUACGAACUCUGGAUCAUGUAGCAUGACCUCUGUGAGGCAAACAGACGAGCCAGCAAACUUGAGAAAUGACACUACUUGAUCAUGAUCUGCUAAUGUAUUUAUUCUUUUGUAUUUCAGAUGUUUUUCAUUUUUUUAAUGUGCCGUUUUAUACCAAAAUACACAAUCUCAAUCAUC